GGAGCGAGAGCGAGACGCACACUUAAGGCUAUCCUACUGAACUGGGACAGGGGCUCACUUCUAAAAGGGUGACAGUGGCUGAAAGCCCAUUAAACAGCCUGGAAUGUGUCUCUUGGACGUGGAUACUUAACACUGUUAGCUUCUCUUGUGCCCCUCCUGACUGAUUUGCUUUCAGAGACUUUUUUUUCAAGGAGGUGGAUGUGCUGUUAACAGCAACAGAAGAAGAAACGAGGAACGAUCAUGUCAAUGUUGCCAACUUUUGGCUUCACCCAGGAACAAGUAGCUUGUGUUUGUGAAGUGCUGCAACAGGGGGGCAACAUUGAGCGUCUGGGCCGUUUCCUGUGGUCCUUACCAGCUUGCGAGCACCUUCACAAGAACGAGAGCGUGCUCAAGGCCAAAGCAGUGGUGGCUUUUCAUCGAGGUAACUUUCGCGAACUCUACAAGAUCUUAGAAAGCCAUCAGUUCUCACCUCACAACCACCCCAAACUGCAGCAGCUGUGGCUCAAGGCACACUACAUAGAGGCUGAGAAACUGCGCGGGCGCCCCCUUGGGGCUGUCGGGAAGUACCGCGUGCGCCGGAAGUUUCCGUUGCCGCGUUCCAUUUGGGAUGGAGAGGAGACAAGUUACUGCUUUAAGGAGAAGAGUCGCAGUGUCCUUCGCGAGUGGUACGCCCACAAUCCGUACCCGUCCCCCCGCGAAAAACGCGAGCUUGCUGAAGCCACAGGACUUACCACCACCCAGGUUAGCAACUGGUUUAAGAACCGGCGCCAAAGAGACCGGGCAGCUGAGGCCAAAGAAAGGGAGAACAACGAGAACUCCAACUCAAAUACUCAUAACUCAAUGACUUCCUCAAUUAAUGGGAGUAAAAACUCUUUAGGAAGCUCUGAUGAAGAUAAAACACCAUCUGGAACUCCAGAUCAUAAUGCACACAGCCCAACUCUGCUUCUCAGCUCUAACACAGGGCUACAACAUCUUCAUGGCCUCGUACAUCCUUCCGGUCCCAGUGCUAUUCCUGUUCCCAGCACCGAACCUUUACAUCACCACCAUCAUCACCAUCACCACCCGCUACAGGACUCCAUUCUUAACCCAAUGUCUACUAAUCUUGUUGAUAUUGGUUCAUAAGAUGAAAUGACAAUAUUUUUUGUUUGUAUUUUUAUAUGACAUUUAUGUGAUCUGCAACAUUCAUUG